CGCUCAUUUGACAGCAUGGACUAAACCUGAUGCGCGUGAACAGCAGAUCACAGCUACGAUCGAGUGCAUGUUACAUCCCAAUGCACAUUAUGUCCUUUUUUACUGCAAGUGCCUAAAUCAAGACAUUGGGUAGUGUGAAGGUAUUAUCAUGCCACAGGAUAUGCAAUUUCCUUUAGAAGUGAACCAAUGCAGACAAGUCUCCGUUUGAGGAACUUGAUUCACUCUGGAGUCUCGGUAUCAUCUUGAAGCUGGACGAUGCGCGCGGAACUUUCCAGAUAGAUCAAUGUUAUGAAUUUGCAUUAUGCCUUCACUACAUCAUGGCGCUAUUUUUAUUGGAGUAUUUUUAAUAGUCACCGGUGGCUCCACCGCUUUUCUAACUUCUAAUCAAAGUCGACUGCAGGCGUUCAGCAUGUGCUGUGUGGUGCUCGGGGCGGUGAUGCUAAUAUUAGGGCUCUUCUGGGCGAUGAACGGCAAGAGAAACCCGGUGACUUAUAAUGAAGAGUACAGCCACGACUACAGUCAAGUCCUGUUCACCCCACCGCCCGGAAACCACUUCCCCGAGUCCCAGUCCGUCUUUCUUCACGGGACAUUGCAAAGGCGAGGUGUAUAUGGUGAAGAUUUGGACUAUCCCCCGAUGGAGCCCACCUGUUUUAGCCCUACCAGUCGGGGUCGGCCGCCUCACUGGGACAUGGAACCUCCCCCGCCUUAUGAGGUGGCCAUCAAAACCACUCGGAGCUCCACGCACCUGAGACGCAGCUACUCAGACACACAGCUGCUCACUGAACCUCUGUUUGGACGCUCACGAGAGAUCAGUUUCGAAGUGUGACAUCUGAGCCACGUUCAUCUCUUGAGACCCGAACUAAGGAGCUAAAUAGCCACCCUAAAGUAUUCGCAAACUAGCGUUCAUGAAGCUUCAAAACAGGCAUUGACAAUCCACAGCUCGUCGAGUCGAGGGGGUGUUUUGUGCCUCUUGAGAUAGUUCUCGUCUUGACCAUGUGUUUACAGCCUUAUUCAGACAGAAGUGUAGAAUACUGUGCUUUUUCUCAAAUAAAAUGCAUUAUAAGCUGUUGAAAAUAAGUGGUUAAUAUCUCAUUAAACAUAAUGCAAUGCAUUUUUUAAAAAAAGAGAAGGCUUUAAUCUUAGUUAGACGUACCUAUUCCCACUGUUUCAAGUCAUCUCAAUAAAUAUCUCAAAUUCUAUAUAUUCUAGUACACCUGAAUGUGAGAAAAGUAGCUUCUGCAUAUGGGAGUGUAUUCAGUUCUGUAAUCAAAACUAGUGAAUCUGUCAAAGCUAUAGUGAAUCACAAAGAUGUCAAAAUAAAUUACAAUUACAUUUAUAUAGUUUAAUUCUUAUAUUAUACAAGUCAUUCACAAAUAUAAUUAAAUAUAAUUUAAUUAAUUACAAUGAAAUAUUCACAAUUCAUCAAUUGUUACAUUGUUCCAAAAUAUUCAAAAUCAAAAAUACAUUUAUAGUACCUCCUUUUAACUAGCCAUUGCACUUAAAUGCAUUUGCAGCUAACUUCCUGUCCUGCAACUGAAAUUUGCAUGAUAUUCCAACACUUUAAAAAAAUAUAUAUAUAUAUAUAUCAGACAACAGGUUUGAUUAAUGACAAAGAAAAGUGUUUAAUUUGUAUAUUUAUCCAUUUGUUAGAGUCUCAGGGUGAAACAUUGUGUUUAAUGCAAAUAAUAUUUUCAUGGCAUAUGAGCACACAAUUUUGACUCAAAAACAUGGUCAGGUUGCUGUAGAGAUGUGGCCAGAGAAAUGAUUUAUGCAUAAAGCACAUAUUGUGGUGGCUGAUAAUGGGAGCACAUCUCUGUUGAGAAAACCACACAGCAUUACUGAGUUUAAUGAUGAACUAAUGCUCUGUUAAUAUUGUUUGGAACACUAUAAACAUUACAUUCACAGCCACUGCUUCCUCUGACUCAUCCAUUACAAUGAUAUUCAUCUUUUAACAAGGGCACUUCUGGGUAUUCGCUAUAUUUUGUACAUAUUCUAUGUGUUUUCUUUGAACUGCAGUGAAUAAUACCGAGGGCUAUUUGCAUCACUUCUGUUUGCAUGCUAGACGUUUAUUUGAGAUGAUGUAUGUUCUUUUAUUAUUUCAACAACUAAAGGAUAAACCAGACUCGCAA